AUGGAUCCUCAACCGAAGAAAGAAUAUCAGUACAAAACACUCGAGUCUCGACAGAUAAGACUGGUCUACCUCCAUCCCAGUAACAGAGAGACUAUUAACUGCACUAUCGAACAUGUCUCAAUCGAUGAGAAUCCCACCUUUGAGGCACUCUCAUACACCUGGGGCACCGCCAUGGAGCGUUUCAUCAUCAAUGUCGGAUCUGCCUCAUUGUCAGUGGGCAAGAACCUUGCUGUGGCACUCAGAGCAUUGGUCUCCAGUGACGAGCCAAGAGCCAUCUGGAUCGAUGCUAUCUGCAUAAACCAGAACGACGCUCUUGAACGCAAUCAUCAAGUGCGCUUCAUGAAAGACAUCUACACACGAGCCAGGAGUGUUCUUGUCUGGCUUGGUGAGGCAGCGGAUGGAAGUGAUGCAGUCAUGGACUACGUAGGAAGCUUGGAUCCCACUUCAGCCUUGACAGAGCACAGAGCCUAUGUCGACUACAACGAUACGUGGACCUGGGAGAAGGGGGAUCCCUUCCAGCGUCCACCUGUUCCACAGGGAGACGUCGAUGCCCUGCUGUGCAGACCAUGGUUCUCGCGUGUCUGGAUUCAACAGGAGGCGGCAGUGAAUGCCGUGACCAAAGUGACCUGCGGAUCGAAAUGCGUCACAUGGAAUCAGUUAUUUAGUUUGGUAUGGUCGUAUCAGAAACCGAGCGGAACUGGAUUCGCCAAAGACGCGUUCCACAUCGAUGCAAUGGCUUCAUCCAUUCUCAUUAUGAUGAUUCAGAGUUAUCGUUAUGACGACAUUGAGACGCUUCUUCUCGACAUCUUGCGGGACUGCACUUACUGCGGCGCGACCGAUCCCAGGGACAGGAUCUACGGCGUUCAGAACCUUGCGAAAGAUCCAGACCUGGACAAGCUCCUUCUUGAACCGAGCUACGACAUUAGCGUUCCGGCGGUCUACACUGAUCUGGCGAAGCGUUUUUUGACUUCUCAGGACACGUUCAUAUUGAGCUGGGCCGGCCGCAGCAAUCAGCGCUCCCGUGAUCUCCCGUCUUGGGUUCCCGACUGGACGAUGAAGAAUACCGAAAUUCCGUCAAUUAUUUUCCGCGCGGCUGGCGAUGUUAAGAGCGAUUGCAAGCUUGGUAUUCACGAUGGAAAGGAAGCGCUACACGUCAGCGGCCUGACUGUCAGCUCAAUCAGUUCCUUGACGGACGGGCCAGCCAUGACUGCCUUUCGCAGUCGACUUGACGAAGUUGAAGUCUUCCAGCAGCUGAGAGAAAACUUCGAGGCAUGUAUCACCUUGGUGAAGAACAUCUCCAUAGGCUUUCUUGGCGCCUUGCAGGGCGCCGGCAGUCCCAUCGUACAACGGCAGGCAGCCGGCUGUGCGACGGGCGUGCACAUGAUUGUCGCCCGGGCCAGCACCGAGCAGCCCGGCACGGGGAUCAUCGGGUCCGUUGCGGAUCGGGUCCAAGCCCAGAUCCCGGGGUCCGACAUCGUGGCCGUCGACUACCCGGCCCAGCUCAACCCCUACAACCCCUCUCAGAGGGCUGGUGUCACGGCCAUGACGAAGCUGGUGCAGGACUACGCCAAGCAGUGUCCACAAACGAAGAUGGUCUUGAUGGGAUACUCGCAAGGAGCUCACGUAACGGUUGAUGUUCUUUGCGGCACCAGCGAGUCUGGGUUCGAUGCGACGCCGCCUCAAGCCGCAGACGUCACAGAUAAGAUCUCUGCGGUUGUAUUGAUGGGCGACCCAAGUCACGUUAACGGACAACCCUUCAACACUGGCACGAGCCAAAGGGACGGGGUAUUCCCUAGACAAGAUAACGCCGCAUGCGCCGCCGUUGCCAACAAGAUGACUUCCUUUUGCGACACCGGCGACCCAUUCUGCGACGGCGGAUCGAACAUCCAGGUCCACCUUGGAUACGUACGGAGAAACGGAGAUGAUGCUGUCAAGUUCAUCGUUGAUAAAGUGAAUGCUGGGGGAGCUGGAGCAGCCAAGGCGCCUGGGGCUUGA